AUGGCUCGGCUAAACAUCCUCGGCGUGCGUGGUCCCGACGAAGACAAAGAAGCCUCAGCAUCGAAGGACGGAUCAACGAGAGGCUUGAAGAGAAAGCGAGGCGAACUCAGUCAAGAUCCGAAAGCUCAGGCGAGGCGCGAUGCUUACCGUGACAAGGUCAAGGAGGAAGCCAACAAGGAACGGAGACGUAUCUGUGUUGGUGUAGACAUGGCUAGCAAGACAUUAAGGCACGGCAUAGCAUUCGUUUCCAAUGCCAACCUCGAGAAACCACCAGUCGUCAUUCAGGGAUGGCGUAAUGGCGUAGCAGCAUUCCAGGACAAGGUGCCAUCAGUCAUUGGCUAUGCCCAGGACAACAGUUGGUCUGAGGACCGUUGGGGAUAUUCCAUUAAGCCAGGUGAGAGCAGCUUCACGUGGUUCAAGCUGAGACUCGAUGAAGCCACGGAUCCUGCUGCUUAUGAUGACCCAGUCCUGCAGCAAUUCAUUAGCAAUGGCCUUGUCAGACUACCCGAAGGCAAGACUGCCACUGACGUGGCGACCGAUUACCUCAGAUUUCUCUACAACCACGUCCUAGAGUCUCUCAGAGGAAUCUUAGGGCCGGGUCUGGUGGUAACACCGUUGGUCUUCUGCCUGACUGUUCCAGCCACCUGGAGUCACUAUGCUCGAGCGGAGACUCGCAAAGCAGCAGUCGCAGCAGGCUUCGGCACACGCUAUGGGGAUGAGCUCAUAUUGGCCGAUGAAGCAAUGACAGGCGUCUUGGACUGUCUGCACGGAACUAUCCACGAUUACGACAGCGCAGCGCAGCCGUUCCAGCAAGGGUCGACAAUCCUGAAUUGUGACCUCGGAGGCGGUACACUGGACUGUAUCUCCUAUAAGCUCGUAAGCCUCGAGCCCCUUCGAAUCGAGGAAGCAGCAGUUGGCGCUGGUGCCAAGGCUGGAGCUACGACCAUUGACAGGGGCUUCUAUGUCUUCCUGGAGAAGACGUUCGGCAUCUCGUUCACCGACGUACCCUUGAAAGCACGAGCAGCCGGCAGCAGAAUGAUGGCAGAGUUUGAGACCCUGAAACAGGAGUUUGAAGGAGCAAACUCGAAGACGCAGCCGACCGAUCUGACCGUCCCGUUGAGACUCAAGAAGCCUGAUAUGGACGAUCCCGAGGUGAAAAGGAGAUAUGAUAGCGACGAGGGCCUCAUAACAUUCACACCAGAAGAGAUGGAAUCCUGGUUCGCUCCGAUACUCGACGCAGGCUUUCAGCUCAUUCGGGACCAGGUUGCAGCGGUCAAAGCGGCUCGUAUGCCGAAAGUCCAGUCCGUCGUCCUAUGUGGCGGCCUCGCCGCAAACAGGUACAUCAAGUACCGGUUCAAGGAUUUCGUUGAGAAGGAGCUUGGAAAAGACAUACUUUGUCUGGCCCCUGAGAGAGCAUGGUCUGCAAUCUGCCGCGGCGCCAGCAUCUAUGCUCGUCAGCGGAACGUUGUCGUCUACCGCCGGGCGAGGGACAACCUCGGGUACCCUGUUCACGUGCCAUUUGACGAGGAUGUGCACGAUGAAGAGGAUCGGAUUGAACUGGAUUCAGGAUCCCGGGCUCAGAAUCAGAUGCACUGGGCGAUCAGGCGUGGCCAGAAGAUCUACCCAUCGACCAAGGAGGAGAUCAGCCUGUACGCUGAGUGCGACAACGUCAGCUUCAAGAAGAAGCUCUUGGUGCAGCAAGAGCUUUUCUCGAAUUCGGACGACGUGGCGCCUCAGCGGUUGGACGAGUCAUGCAAUCCCCUCGGAACACUCACCAUGGAACUCUCAGGGGCGGCGCGGGCAGAGCGGAGCCGACUGCGAAAGAAUGGAGCCAUGUCUAUUCCAGGUUCCAUGAAGAUCGAUGUAAAGGUCCAGGUCAAGCCAGGUUCCGACAAGGGCAUGAUGCAAUUCAAAGCUGUGACGGGAGUCCGCAAGGUAGCUGGCGAGGUCCAGGUCGAGUAUCAUACUGACACGACUGCUGGAAAGAAGUUGAAGAAAUGCAAGUGA